AUGACCAAGGGGGGCAAGCAUGACCGCCCGCGAUCGUCCAGCCGCAGCCGCAAGAAUGAGUAUCUGGUAUGUCCUACUUGCCCUCGGUCUUGGGUGUUUGUGCACAAGGCAGGGAAGACGGGAUGGGAGAGCUGUCGAGAGUGUGGCCGUUUGUGGAAGGAUCCAGCCAGGGCGAUUGUCACGUUCGACCUGGGGGAGACCGAGGGAGGCGCGAGCUUGCCCCUCCGAUCAUGUCUCAAAGGAAGCGGAGUUGGCCUGGACCCGAUCCUCCAGGUACUCCUCCCCAACUUCAACAAGGCCAAGGUGGACGGAGAUCAGGAGGGCCAGACCAAGCUCCUGGCCGUCUGCCCAGACUUGGAGGCUGCGUGGAAGCCUCCACCAGAGGCCUCACCGGUGGAGCGCCUGGCACAGAAGGCGCAACAGCUCCGCCAGCUCCAGGCGCAGCAGGGGCGGAUCAAGAACCAGCUGUUGCAGGCGGCUCAGACUCUCAAAGAUAUGCAGACCAAGCUCAGGACUAACAUUGAUGAAUGCCAUUCUGCGCAGUCCGAGAUCGACGAACUGGUGGGCAAGACCAAGGCAGCAGGACCUCAGUCGGACGCACGGCAAGCACAACAGGCACAUCAAGAACAUGAAGAAGAUUUCCCAGAGUUGGAGACUGAGGAAUUGGCAUCCCUCGAUGAACCCACUCGGAAACAGUACGAAGAAGCGGCAGCGGCUCAUAAGAAGGCUCGCAACCUGCUCAAGUCGGCCACUGAUGCGGGCAAAGCGGCACGAGAGGCUGCAGAGAGGCUGCGAACGCUGCACAACUCCAUCAAGAGGCGCAGAGGAGCGGGAGGUGAAGCCCAAGGAACAGAUGCAGCAGCUGCGGAACCAGACGAGACAGCUGCAGCGGCAACCCCAGAGGCGGUGGACUUCACGGACCCGAGUGCGAUCGACCAGUAUAUUGCCAGGGGGCAACCAGCGUUGCACCGUCGAGCUCCUGACAGCGCCAUCGUCAACACAAAGAAAGAACGACCUACACGAAUGAAGAGUGGCUAUGUGGACGUGCUGUUCGCCAAUGUCACGCAUUACGGGGAAAAGGUGCGACAUUACGUGGAGCACUGCAGUUUUGACAUGCUCGGCUUAGCAGAGCAUCACCUGCUCCCAAAGGCCGCCAAGCAGGAGAUCAAGAAACUGAGAUUCAAGGGGUGGCAAUCACAGUUCUCGUGGACGCCUGCGACACCAUCGAUGCGGAGUAAGCCACGUCACGGCAGCACACUUGCCCGAUGGCACGGGGACAGUGUAUUUCAGAAAGAACUGCGCGACAUCUCGAUCAUCCUCUGGCGUUUGAAAGGGGCAACGCUGGCUUUGAUCUCGGUGUAUCUUGAUUGCAGUGUGGGACUUGAUGGACCAGCGAACGUCGCCAAGAUGGCACAGCUGACACGAGUGGUGAAGUCCCUAGGAGUGCCAUGGGUUGCACUCGGAGAUUGGAACAACACACCGACGCAGAUGCAGCAGUCACCAUGGUUGAAGGCUCUGAGGGGAGAGCUGCUGAUACCAAGCGAUUGUACUGUCACAUGUUCCACAGGCAAAGGCAGACUCAUUGAUUACGGGAUAGCUUCGCGAGACUUUCACCCUUUUGUGAAAGAAUUCAAGCCAGUGAGGGAUGUACCAUGGAGCCCACACGUGGGUCUCCACCUGCGCCUGCACUCGCGACCCGCCUCGGUCAAGGUGCAGAUGCCGAUCCAGCCAGUGAAGAUCGAGAUCGCCACCACCACGGUCCACAAAGAGAAAGGACUCAAGCGAGCCCAACGUGAUCGUGAGAAGUAUCAGAAGAUGGUGGCAGCAGCAGCAGAGCGGGAUGAGAAUGCAGCGACACCAGGAGACCUGCAUCAUGAUGAGUAUGGGCAUCUCCUGGAGACGACGUACGCCACGAAGCAGAAAGAGACAACCAGCGAUGAGCAGCGGUUGCAGGCGCUGGCAGACACCCGAGGACGAGCGGUUCAAGACCCAGUUGAUGAUGUGGCAGAAUCCUGGGCGUAUCGCCUGGACCCUGAGGGUUCAAACAAGCUGGCCUACCACUUUGGCGAGUGGUCAGUAGCAGCGGAGCAGUCACUGUGUAUCAUGACGGAUGCCAAGCCAAAAGAGAAGGUGCGCAUAGGAUGCAAUCCCAAGUUCACGUUGCGCAAGGUCACCAUUCAAGAGAAGACAGACCCCUUCUUGGACGCGGCCCUCAGGGAGAAGGCGAACCUGUGGGAGGCCUCGGCGGCCAGACUGAGGGAGUUGGCAAUACUGAAGGCGCGGCAGAAGAAGGAUGAACACUUGAAGCUGGUUGAGAACGUCAUGCGCUCGCUCAGUCAGCGCAUCGAGCUCAUUGACCAGGCCAAGGGCGGCAAGCAGGACACUGACUGGGACAAGGAGGAGGACAGCAGGGUGCUGCUCAACUUGACGCAGUAUCUAGCCGGUCAGCCUUGUCAGUCACUGCGGGGACCGUUGGGCCCAAAGCCACCAAAAAAGCAGCGGAAGAUCGGAGUGAGCGGCACCGAGCAGGAGGCGACGGAGAUUGUCCCACCAGUGGCCACCAGCAGUAUGGGCUGCGAGGACGACCCCUACGUGCAUAUGGAUGCGGAGGCGGACGAGCCCACCCCAACUGGCCCGCUCUACGGGGUUGGGGACACGAUGGACCUUGAUGGCGGGAAGCUCGACACCUACGGCUCCACCGACUGGGGGUACAUCGUCCCAACUGGCCCGCUCUACGGGGUUGGGGCCACGAGCGACGAGGGCAGCAAGCACUACGACACCCUCGACGCCAUCUACUGGGAUUACGCCGCCCCAACUGGCCCGCUCUACGGGGUUGGGGCCAAGAGCGUCAGGGAGUGCGAGCA